AUGGCAGACGACGAUGAUGAUUUAUGCCCUCUCUGUUGUAAUGUACUUUCAAAGGAUGAUAGAAGAUUCAGACCUUGUCCUUGUGGAUAUCAAAAAAUUAGAGAAACAGAACACAAUAGAUGUCCUGCAUGUCGUCAGACCUAUGAUCAAGACAACUUUGCAUAUCUUUCAUCCGAUGAAGAAGAUGAAGAGGAUAGCGAAGACGAGAGACGGUCGAGACGUAGAACAUCGACAUCAUCAACGAGCAACAACAACAACAACAGCAGCAGCAGUAGUAGCAGCCACACCAUUUCAUCUUUAACAACAUCAGGCUCAUCUAUACCGUCAGACACUAUAAAGAAGGCUUUGAGUACUGUAAGAGUUAUUCAAAGAAAUUUGGUCUAUGUUACAAAUCUUGCAAUGGGUGUUGCAAAACCAGAGACAUUAAAAAAGAAUGAAUAUUUUGGUCAAUAUGGAAAGAUACUAAAGGUUGUAAUCAAUAAGAAUCAUAUUUACAAUGCCAAUUCACCCCAUGGUGCAUGUGUAAGUGCCUAUAUCACUUAUCAAAGAAAGGAAGAUGCCUUAUCUGCCAUUCAAUCAAUUGAUGGUGCUACCGUUGAAGGUAGAACAUUAAGAGCAUCAUUUGGAACAACCAAAUAUUGUUCCUAUUUCCUUAGAAAACUUCAAUGUAAUAAUCCAGAUUGUAUGUAUCUCCAUGAAUGGGGUCAAGAAGAUGAUAGCUUUACAAAGGAAGAUAUGACAAAUAUAAAUCGACUUUAUAUUGGUCACAAUGAACCAGCUGUUGUGAUUUCACCAACAGCAGCAGUUGCAGGUGGUCAACCACCCUUGUCAUCCAGCACUCCAGGUACUACAUCAACAUCAUCAUCUUAUAAAAAACCAAUUUCCUUGUCAACAUCUAAUUCAUCGACACCAACCAAUCAAUCAUUAUCAUCUUCAGGUAAAACAUGGAAUAUUACAAAUACACAUUUAUCAUCAUCAUUAAAUCCAUUGGAAUGGCCAUCGGCAUCGGAUGCAUUGACCAUGAACUCAUCCACUUCACCACCACUUACUAAAUCUCAAGAGAGACCAUUACCAUCCAAUUCAUCGUGGGGAUCAGGAAUGAGAAUGUCAUCAUCUACAGUCAAGAAUUCGCAAGACGACAUGAUGGAAGGAAACCCUAUGGGACCAUCAUCGGCAUCAUUGUUGGCAAGUUCUGGUAACAACAUACCAACAUCAUCACCAUCUGUUAUUGCCACCACACCUGCACCUGUCCCUGUUGUUGUAGUACCCGUUCCAUUACCCGUUGUUGUUCCCAUCCCAGUCCCAACUCCACCACCUAUCACUGUUAUCACUACUCCACCAACUCCAACUACCAAUGUUAUUAAUACAACCAGUAGUAGUAGUAGUAGCAGCAGUAAUAUUACCAGUACAAGUACAACUACUAGUAAUACAGUUACUACUGAAACCAAACUUAUGGUUAAUAAUGCACCACCACCAUCUUCAUUCCCACCACUUUCAUCUUUGGGUGGUAAAAACAAGAGAGAUAAAUCAUCAAAGGAUCCUUCAUCACCAUCUACUGUUUUAUCUCCAGGUACUCAAUUGAAAAAAGAGGAAAAGGAAAGAAUAGAAAGAGAAAAACUAGAAAAAUUGGAGAGGGAAAAGGAGAAGCAAUUGGAAAAGGAGAGACAAAUGGAAAAGGAAAGACUAUUGUCAUUGGAAAGGGAAAGACAAGCAGAAAAAGAAAAAAUGUUGGAAAAGGAAAGAUUGGAAAAGGAAAAACAAUUGGAAAAGGAAAAAGAGAAACAAGAAAAGGAGAGAUUGGAGAGAUUGGAAAAGGCAAGAUUAGAGAUUUUGGAGAAAGAGGCUGCCGAUCUGGCCAUCCUUCAAUCCAUACAACCAACCCUUUCAUCAUUGCCAAUGUCAAUUGGCGGCCAAAAGAAUAUGGUCAACAAGAGUCACACCAACGACAUUGUUGAGCCCAUUGCCAACUGGGAGGGGUUGAUUCCAGAUGACCAGCCCACCGACAUUAACUUUGACUGGUUACCAAUCAAGGGCAACAGUCCUCAGUCGUCGACCAUGAUUGACUUGCUCCUCAACACUGAAACCCAAAAACCAUCCGAAGGUAGAAGAAAGACAUCACGUUUUGAAUUUGCCAAGGAAAAGGAUUCAUCCAAUCAACAACAGCAACAACAAUCAUCAUUCCUUCAAACAUCACCACUUAUUGUACCUGAGAGUUUCCUUUCUGGAUUCAAGUCCAAUGCAUCAUCUUCAUCUUCAUCUCUCAACAAUAGCAAUAGUAAUAUAUUAUUAAACAAUAGCAACAACAAUAAUAAUAUUUUGAAUCCAACAUCGUCAUUGAUGGAAAACCUUAGUCUGUCUAUGGAAAAUUCAUUUUUAUCAAACCAGACACCCAACUCGCCCACUACUACCACCACCACUACUACAACCACCACCAACAUCCUCGACAAUACCACUACCACGACUACCACGACCACCUCUACUUCGUCACCACCAGGUGCCACGUUGGAAGAUUCACAACAAUUGUUUAGAUCAUUGUUCCCAUCGAUCAACAUUCGUUUCUCCAACUCGAGAUUGUCAGAGACUAAAAUGGACUCACCCUCCUAUGUGGACAGCUCCAAGCAAAUGCAUCAAUUCCAAGACCCAGCCAUCAUUGGCGGUGGAAACGGUGACUGGAGAGGACCAAGUCUCCACAAGUCUGGCAAUAGCAUUGUAUCACCACCACCUGGCUUUAUGAUCAAUACCCCACCACCAGGUUUUGGAGGUGCCAGUGUAGCAUCUCCACCACCAGGUCUACCACCCGGUUUUGGAGGUGUCGUCAGUCAACCACCAGGAUUACCACCAGGUUUUGGAGGCGUUGUCAGUCAACCACCACCAGGAUUACCACCUGGUUUUGGUCAACCACCAAGCCAACCACCAGGUUUCAAUGUCGUUCCCAAACAACAACAAGAAAAUGGAAUGGAUGAAUAUUUGGAAUUGGAAAAAACUAAAAAUAAGGAAUCUAGGAACAAAACUAAAAAAUUAAAUGAAAUCAAUAACAAUAAUAACAAUAAUAAUAAUAAUGGUAAUAAUGGUUAUAUGAAUGGUGGUGGAUCAUCAUCACCACCAAUAAUGAAUGAAGAUCAAUUACAACAACAACAAUAUAUCCAACAACUUUUACAACAACAAGCUCAACAACAACAACAGCAACAACAACAAGCUCAACAACAACAAAAUAUAACUCAACUUUUACAAUUACAACAACAGCAACAACAACAAUCAAAAAGAGUUGAUGAUUUGUUUUCAAAUAUUCCAUCCCCAUCCAAUUUUUCACAACCAAAUCAAGUUCCUCUUUUCCCAAUGAAUCCACCCUAUCCAUAUCCAAACAUGAUGAAACAACCUCCACAAAUGAACCAACAACCUUUUCCAUACUCUUUUUCAAACUUUUCAUCACCACAAAGACCACAACAACCACAACAACAACAACAACAACAACAAUUAAAUAAUAACACUAAUAACAAAAAUUUUACAGAAUUUAUUGGUCAGUUUGAUCAACAAAGGGUCAAUGGGAUAUCAAGCGCAGACGAACUUUUAAAACAACAUUUUAAUCAACAAUUACAACAACAACAACAACAACAAAACAUGGGUAAUUUUGAAUCUCUUGAUCAACAAGUGAUGAAUGCAAGUAAGGAAGUUAAAGAUUUGGAAAGUAAAUGGCAACAAACAAAAUUAAGAAAUAACCAAGCCUAUUAUCGAUAA